AUGGACGAAGGAUCUGCGGCCGCGGGACUCGGGGGAAGCGAGACUCCUAAGUGGAUGUCGCCGCAGUGGUCGCUCCCGUGCAGGGUGAGCGCCGUAACACCCACCCAGGUGACGGUCCGGAAGUACAACGACCCCAAGAAAACGGUCGUCGUACACAAGAACAAGGUUCGGAAGUUCGAGAUGAGUAAAGACCCGGUACUACGGUCCCUAACGGGAGACUACUUGGAGAUCGCGACCCCGGUGACGGACACGCCAGAAGACUCUCGCAAGCGCCCGAGGCGGGCAGUCGCACCCGAGGACGAGCUGGCGGCCCAGCGAGUGAGAGAACUAUUCGGCGAGACCGCAGUUGGCGAGGAGGGGCGUGAGCCGUCGUAG